AUGUGGUCUCGAGCUCACUUUCGAGGAGAUCGUUAUAAUGUAACUACAAGUAACAUAGCGGAGUCGCUCAAUGCUGUGUUUAAAGAAGUGCAGAUGAUUGAGGUGAUAAGAGAACGACUUACACGAUGGUUUUGUGAGCGGCGAGAAAAUGCAGCAAAGCCUACAACUUUACUCAAGCCUCUUCGCUAUUUCCAAAGCACAUUUCCUGGAUGGAAUUUUGUUUCUAACUAUGAGUUUGCGGAGCUGGGACGAAUCUGGGUUGGUUGGGAUCCUUCGGUGACCUUAACUGUCUUCUUUAAAUCCAGUCAGAUCAUUACUUGCGUGAUUCAGCUCCCUCAUACCACCUCUGAGGUCUGUAUUUCUUAUGUUUAUGGUGUUAAUAGUAAAUCAGGUCGUCAACAGAUGUGGGAUGAUCUUCAUUCGCUUUCUGUUAACCCCGCAAUCUCUUUCUUACCUUGGGCUGUGAUGGGUGAUUUUAAUCAAAUCCUAAAUCCCUCGGAAAAAUCAAAUGGCGGAACCAGGAUUUCUAGGGGAAUGCAGGAUUUCAGGAACUGUGCUUCUUCAGCCGGUCUCUUUGAUCUCUCUAUCAGAGGAUCAGAAUUUACUUGGUGGAAUAACCAAGAGGUAAACCCAAUUGCCAAGAAGUUGGACCGAAUCCUUAUCAAUGACUCUUGGCAAAUGGAAUUCCCUCUCUCCUUCGCUUACUUUGGGGAACCAGACUUCUCAGAUCAUAGUCCUGCUGCUAUUGUUAUUGGUAAUCAUCAAGCCGGUAAAAAGCCCUUCAUGAUCUCUUAUUUCCUUCUUCACCACCCAGAUUUCUUUGCUCGGGUUGCUAUUCAUUGGCAUGUGACUUUUUUCCCUGGAUCGGCAAUGUUUUCCUUGUCCAAAAAGCUAAAGUCCCUGAAGCAGGUCAUCAAAGACAUCAACAGAGAACACUUUUCUGAUCUGGAACUUAGAGUCAAAGAGGCACACAGCGAGCUUAUUGAUUGUCAGAACAGGCUACUGACUUCUCCUUCUCCUCUGCUGGCUAGUCAAGAAAAACAGGCUCACAAGCGUUGGAUGACUCUGGCUCUCGCAGAAGAAAAAAUUUUGAUUCAGAGGUCUAGAGUUAAGUGGAUUGAAUGUGGGGAUAGUAACACGGCUUUUUUCCAUAGAGUGAUCCGUACCUUCACCAAAUUCAGAUGUAGUGAUGAGGAGAAACAAAGCUUGCAGGCUCCGGUAUCCGCCGAGGAUGUUAAAAGGGAGGUUUUCUCUCUGCCUCGUAACAAAACGCCAGGCCCUGACGGUUUCACUGGGGAAUUUUAUAGAUGCACAUGGGAUAUCAUCGGUGAGGAUCUAACAAAGGCAGUUCGUGAAUUCUUCGAAUCCGGGAAGUUGCUUAAACAAUGGAACUGUACGGCUAUUUCUCUGAUUCCUAAAAGAGUUGGAGCCGAUAAACUUGUGGAUUUCAGACCCAUCUCGCUCUGCAAUGUUGUUUACAAGGUUAUUUCAAAGAUUUUGGCAAGGAGGCUCCAGGCUAUUACGCCAGGUAUGGUUUCCAACUCCCAAUCCGCUUUUGUCAAAGGCAGACUCCUGGUUGAAAACGUUUUGCUUGCAACUGAAAUGGUCCAUGGGUUUGGGAAUGCAAACGUUUCAAGGAGAGGUUUGUUAAAAGUGGAUUUAAGAAAAGCAUUUGACUCCGUAAAUUGGGAUUUCAUCAUCCAGAUUCUUAAAGCUGCUGAAUUUCCGCCUACAUACACAUCGUGGAUUGCGGAGUGCAUAACAACAACCUCCUUUUCUAUAAAUGUCAACGGGGAGCUUUGUGGGUUCUUCAAAGGGACCAGAGGCCUGAGGCAGGGGGAUCCCUUAUCUCCCUCCCUUUUUGUUAUUGCUAUGGAGGUUUAUUCAAACAUUUUAAAUGCAAGAUUUGAUUCGGGAAGCAUUGGUUACCACCCUCUUGCUAGGAACCCGAAGAUCUCCCAUCUGGCUUUUGCGGACGACAUCAUCAUUCUCUUUGACGGAUCAGCUAAUUCGCUUCAGGGUAUCUCGUCUUCUCUGGAUCAGUUCCAAAGUCUCUCAGGUUUAGGUAUGAACAAGGAUAAAACGGAUUUAUUCUCAGCGGGUUUGAACCCUGAUGAAGCCGAAUCUCUCAACAUGUUUGGCUUCCGAAAGGGUUCUCUCCCCAUCCGUUAUCUUGGCCUUCCUCUGCUUCACCGGAAACUCAGGAAAUCCGAUUACUCUCCCUUAACUGAUAAAAUAGCUGCAAAAUUCAAGGUUUGGACGGUAAGAUCUCUCUCCUUUGCUUGUCGUUUGCAGCUAAUCACCUCUGUUAUAUACAGUCUUGUGAAUUUUUGGUUCUCCGCCUUCUCAUUACCGAAAGGCUGUCUUAAAGUUAUCGAGAAGCUCUGUAAUCGUUUUUUGUGGUCGGGUGUUCUGGAGAACAAAGCAAUGGUGAAGGUUGGUUGGAAGCAGGUGUGUUUACCUAAGAAGGAAGGAGGUCUCGGCCUUAGGGAUUUUUUGUCUUGGAACAAAGUUUUAAAUCUGAGACUUGUUUGGCUCAUUUUCACAAAUUCAGAUUCCCUAUGGGUGACUUGGAUAAGAGAACAUAGACUGAAACGAUCAUGCUUUUGGUCUUAUGUCGUUAAAAGCACUGACUCAUGGGUUUGGAAAUUUCUCUUGUCUUUGAGACAAUUGGCGAAACACCUUCUCAGUUGCAAAGUUGGAAAUGGUAGAUUGGCUAGUUUCUGGUUUGAUAACUGGUGUGAAUUUGGUCCCCUUAUGGAGUUUGUGGGCACUCAUGGCCCAAUGUUAAUGGGAAUUUCGGCUGAGAGUUCUGUAAAUCACGCCUUCACUAUGAGAGACUGGAAUGUCAUCUCAAGAUCAAGAAAUGAGUCGGUGUGUAAGGUGCGGGAGCUUCUUAGAUAUUCUUCUAUUCCUGACAGUAAUCUUGGACCAGAUACUUUUCUAUGGGGUCCAAUCUCUAAUGCGAAUCCAGAGUUCUCCUCAAAGAAAACAUGGGACAUUCUCCGGCCUUCUGAUGUGCAUAGGCCUUGGUUUAAAAUUGUCUGGUUGAAAUUUGGUGUUCCGAAGCACUGUUUCACUUUUUGGGUGGCAAAUCUUGAUAGACUUCCUGUAAAAGCGAGACUUGCAGGUUGGGGUUUGAAUGUCGAUCCAAAGUGUACCUUCUGCUCUCUCCAUCAUGAAUCUCGGGAUCAUUUGUUCCUUCAAUGUGAUUUCUCAAUGCAAGUUUGGCAACAGGUCCUAAAUCGACUAGGCCUCCCUCAUGAUACAUUUGACACUUGGAAUUCGAUGAUGGAAUGGCUCCUGGCUCGUUCAAGUAAUAGGCAAGCAACUAUGCUUAAACGUCUCUCUGUUCAGACGGUUAUCUUCUAUCUCUGGAAGGAGAGAAAUAACAGAAUCCAUAACGACACCUCCCUACCUCACAAUAGGAUUUUUCUUCAAAUUGACAGAACCAUCAGAGAUACCCUACUUGCCCGUCGCUUCCGCAAAGGCUGCAGCGGUCUUCUCUCCCUUUGGUUCACUUAUAGCUAG